AAGAUCUGUACUAUUUAUUCAGUUUUAAAUUUUACUGAUGGCAUUGAAAAUAUAUUUUAGAGCAUCGUGGAGAUUUUCGUUGUCGACAGUACUUUUAUUUUGUUUUUAUAAAGCCGAGGCCUUAUAGAAACUUCAUCCACGAUCAUAUCCUCAUUUCUUUUCUUUCAGUGAGAGCAAUGGAGUCUGGAAGUUCUCCUCCAUCUCCUGGUGUUGCACCAGUUACACUCUCACACUGUAUUUCUGAGCUGGUGAGGUUCAUACUAUCGCUUCAUCUUGAAGAAACCCAAGAAUUUGAUCUAGGGCUUACUAAGGAUUAUUGUUUCUCUCUCUUGAAAGAACAAGAGCCAGUGACGCUGCAUCCUCCCCACCAUUGUUUAGAUGGAGACACUUUUGCAGGGGUUCCCCCAUAUCCCUUAUACAAUCAGCUGGCAUCAGCAAUAGAUCAAUGCAUAUCUUCUAAUAGUGUUGAGGAAAUAUCGGAAUCAAUAUGGAAAUGGGGGGAUGAAGCUUUGAUAUCUAAAAAAAAUGAGUGGCAGAAGUUGAUUAUGUAUGAAGGAUCACAGUUGGUGAAAAUGUUGCAGGGUGUGAAUUAUGAGCUACAUGUUCAAGAACCUUUCUAUUCACUGUUAAGGGUGGGGAGAAAAACAAUUGAAGGGAGGUGUGCUAUUGGCAACUACAAACAAAUUUCAUCAGGAGACAUGCUUCUUAUUAACAAAUGUUUAAUAUUAGAAGUUCAGGAUGUUAAAUGGUACAGCUCAUUCUAUGAUAUGAUGGAGGCAGAGGGUCUCGAAAAGGUUCUUCCUGGUGUCAAAACACUUGAUGAAGGUGUAGGCAUCUACCGGAGAUUCUACACACAAGAGAAGGAAAAAUGCCAGGGUGUACUAGGAAUAUGUGUUUCAAGACCAUCAGCUCAGCCCUAUAUUUCAAUGGCGAAUAUUAUUUCUGGCUUGGGUUACGAAGGCGUAGGAAAGCUUUUGGGGUUGAGGCAUACGACUGGUACAGUUUUGGAUGGGCUUCCUCCACCUAGAUCAGAACUUCUAUCCUCAUUUCUGAUGCCUUAUACACCAAAUGCUAAAGGCAAUCUCCUGACAGUUGGAGCAAGGGCUUUAGCCAAGCACGUGAGCCGUUGCGGGAAAGGAUGGUGGGGACGUUUAAAUCGCAAUGAUUCUCAUAAAAAUGCUCUUGCAUUGGAAGUCAUCUUUCACAUUACGACUCAUGCUUGUUGGAUGAACAUCCAUAUCGUGAAGCCUCAUGGAGCUGUAUUUGAAAUUAGGGUCACUGAGGGUUAUGGUGCCCGUUGGUCUGGUGAUGGAUCAAGGUUUAUUGGGUUUCUUGAGCCACACAUGGAUGAUGGCCAUUCAGUUGGAAACACUAGAAACAGCCAACUUUUUUCUCUUCGUGAGACUCUCUCUCUCUACCCAGAUGUUGAGCAGAGUGACUGCAAAUUCAGUGCUAACCAUCAUGACUGCAAUCCCCUCUCCUUAGUCUAGAUGCUUGCCAUGAGAGCUGAUUCUACCGAUGCUUGCCCCGAGUGAUGGAGAAAUGAUCAGAGAGGUGGAGUUUAGUAAUGCAUUAACUGUUGAAUUUCAAAUGGUGUUUGCAAAUUCAUAAGACAGGCAACCAGAUUUUGAAGUUAAAUGGAAGUUUGAAUUUUUCUCACUAAAUAUAAAGUCAGUCGAGUGAAAAGCUGCAUUUAACCAUAGGGUAGAGUUGCAUUGUAGAACAAGAGAAUUCCUUGACAGGGUUAUGUUAGAUUAUGUUAGGGGGCUCACAUUAUAUAACAUUUUAUAAUUGUACUCACUAGUACUCAAUAAGGUAGAGUUGUUCUUCAAUAAGGUAGAGUUGUUCUUAAAGGGUUAUGUUAGGUUAUGUUAGGGUGCUCACAUUAUAUAACAUAUUAUAAUUGUA